GCAAAGAUGUCCGCGCUCGUUUGAAAGUCUGCCGUAGCCAGCUCCUCCGAUUGUCACCCUGUCUGAAGUGCUUUUAUGUCGACAGGUCCGUGCUCAAGCAAUACUCACAGAGAGGAAAUACAAGGACUCCGCGACAAGAGCCAGAUUAUUCCUUAUUAUCAGAAAUAAUGCUGAUAUCUGGAACUCAUGUCGGAAGUCGUGUAUGAAGAGACAGCCACGAUGAUCGCAGCAGGGGAAUUGCAGUCGUUUGUCCCAUUUGGCCGUGAGCACUGCAGGAACCAUCCAAAUGCCUUCAACCUGCAGCUCAGGGAGCUCCAGCCUGCAUCUGAGCUGUGGUCAUCAGACGGUGCCGCUGGCCUGGUGGGGUCCCUGCAGGAAGUCAGUCUGCAGGAGAGGGAGAAGGAAUGCUGGCAGCUCAGGAAGGGCUGCAUGGGAGUCAAGGAGGAGGAGGAGGUGGACUUUGAAGACGAGCUUUACACAGCAGGAAAUGUGGUUGUUUGGAGCAAGGGCAGUCGUUUGCAAGCCUCGAGUGUGUAUAAGGCCUUCACUGUCGACAGCCCAGUACAGCAGGCCUUGUGGUGUAACUUCACUAUCCCUGACAAUGACAAAGACGAGGAAGACGUGGAGCACACAGUGUGUAUUGUCCAGAGUAACUGCAUCAACAUUCACUCUGUAACGGGAAAGGAUUUCCUCUCACCACUGCCCUUCCAGGUCUCAAAAGCCUGGGCGACCAAAUUUGGACUUUUGUUGGAAAGGAAAAACACAAUGACGGAUGCACACCUGGGUGUCCCCGGGGAGCCUCUGCCCACAGUCUUCAGCAUGCUGCAUCCUCUAGAUGAGAUUGCACCUGUAGUGUGUAAACAUACAGGCUCUCAUGUGCAGUACCUGUCAGACUGCACCAUGAAAAUCGUCUUCACCUGCUGCCAGCCUUCUAUAGUUGUGUCAUAUGACACAUUACAGGGAACACACGCUGUCUGGGCUCUGCGCAAAGUCACAAAUGAUGAAUGUUCUACUGUCCUGCGCUGCUCAACAGAGCCUGCAGGCAGGCCGCUGGGUCUCAUGUCUUCAAGCUUCCUCAGCCCUCAUCUACGCAAUAUCUCCCGUCUUGACUCUCCUGGUGGAAACUGUGCACCUGGAAUCGUUCCUGGUACUGGACCAAGCUGUACUGUUGGUGGCAGCUCUCCUCUCUACCAUAAUGCUCUGCACAGACACCAGAGCAGGAUCAUGACAUCCUCUCCAGGCCUUCACUCCCGAGUUCAAUCUCAGAAUAUAUCCAACAUGGCUGCAUUGAGCCGUGCCCACUCUCCAGGCAUGGCGGCGCCGUCCUUCUCAGGUGCAGCUCGGUUCAACGCGUCUUUCCACAGCCCUUCUCCCAGGGGGCACCACGAUGUUUUGAGCUCGCCACACAGCACUAUUAAUGAGACGAUUCUGAUGCCGGAGAUGGAGCCCAUCAUCCCGGUCCUGUGCAUGGAGCAGCUAUGGAGUGAAGCGAUCACAGCUGGAUCCCAAAGAGAAAUGAGCAGCCAGGCAUCUAAAGUGUUCCUGACUUCUGACCUCUGUGAAAAUUCCUACCUCUGUUUCCUGGUGGAAUCUCACCAACAGCUCAGAUGUGUGAAGUUCAUUGAGAGCAACGACACGUCUCAGCUCAUUUUCCCCUCUGUUACAACCAUUCCUGCCAAAGAUGCCGAACCUCUGCAGACUAUAGAUGCCAUGUUGGUUCUGGAGGCCUGUGGCAGUCUGGUUCUCUACACAGGGGUCACCAGGGUCAGUAAGGUGUUCGUCCCUGGCCUCUUGUCGCCCACUUUCGGCCUGACCAACCACAUCCCUCAGCUCAGCACAAUAGACAACUACAGCACACCGGCGAACAUGGGCAGCAGACUCCACUUCAGACUGGAUGAGGACUUCAUACCUUCACCAGUGACAGGGAUGAGGGAUACUCCCACUAAACACCAGGAGAGCUCAUUUUUGGAAGAUUAUUCACAUCACCAAGCCACACUUUGCAUCCAGUCCUUGCGGGAUCCGGUGUGCAAUCGGGUGACUCUGGAACUAAACAGUGGAACAAUGCUGAGGAUCUCUGUCCCAGAGAUUGCUACUUCAGAGCUCGUUUCAAAGUGCCUCCAAGCGAUCCGUUUCAUCCUGCCCAAAGAAGCCGCCAUGAAGGUUUUGGUGAAGUGGUACAACAUCUACAAUGCUCCGGGGGGUCUCAGCGUCCACGCCGAGUGGAGCCUGUUUGUCACCUGCUUCAUGACGCUGAUGGGAUACAACACGGAGCGUCUGACCUGGACGCAGAAUCUGCAUUUUGAAGUGCCUCUCUCUCCGGUGAUUGCUGCCAAGAAGGCCCGUCCAUCUGAUGGAGGCUCUGAUGAGGACUGGGAUUACCUGUUAGGGUCCCGUUAUCACCACCAGACGACCUCCCAGUCCGUGUGUGGUGCCGUGAAGUCCAGCGACUCCAACAACUCAGUCUCCUCUGAAACUGAGGACAUGCCCUCCGCGUCUCCUCCUUCCAGUGCAGUGCUGAAGUUGGACAGUUCAGCUCCUCUGUUCCCCUACAUUCCCUCCCUCUUCUACGUUCUCCAUUUGCUCUAUCAGGAGCUGCAGCUGGACGAGCUGCAGAGAGCGAGGGCCUCGUCGCUGGUCUGUCUUCUGCAGCAACUCGCCCGAGACCUCCACUUGGAAGAGUAUGUGGAUCUGUACUGGAGAGACUACCCUUCGCUGAUGAGUGGCUUCACUGAGAGCUGCUUCAUAGACCAAACACUGAUUGAUGAGAUGCAGCGCUCCUCCGUCCUGACCCCGGAGCCCCCCUGUGUGUUCAGCUGGCUCAGUAGCUGCCUGAGAGGGGAGGACAGGCAGCCUUUCCCGCAUCUGCCCGGCAUCUGUCAGAGGACCAGGCUGCUGGUUCUGAGUUAUGCUCUGUAUGUCGGCGGAGAUGAAAACGCUACGUCAACAGAUGUGUCAAAGUACCUGGUGAAGCUCUGUGCAGGCCAGAAGCCUUCGACCAACGACAUGCAGUUCAGAAGAGAGACGACUGUUAAAGUGUCCAGUAAUAACCUGGCUGUGCAGCUGGUGGUCUGGCUCACCUCAGAGGGAUUCACUCUGAAAGACUUGGAUUCGGUCCCCUUCGGCGUGGCGCUGCCCAUCAGAGAGGCCAUCUAUCGGUGUCGGGAGCAGCCGUGUUCUGAUUGGUCAGAGAAAGUCUGUCUGCUGAUUGGCCGGCAGGACCUGACCAAACAAGCCCACAAGACGACCUUAGCCAAGAGUAAAACUUCUGUCAGUUCAGGUAUCUCACUGGAGCCUCCUGCAAGCACAGAAGCUGAUGAGGAGGAAGAUGGGAUGUCGGACAUCAUUCAGGAGGUCACAGGUUUGAUCUGGAGUCAAGACCUGCGGGUUCAGGAGGUCAGGAGGCUCCUGCAGAGCUCCAGGCCGGUUCGGGUCAGCGUCGUCCAGCUACCAGAAGUUUCUGAUCAUGAAUACAUAGAGGAGAAAGAAAACAAACUCCUGCAGUUGUGUCAGAGGACCAUGGCUCUUCCUGUGGGCAGAGGCCUCUUCACUCUCUUCUCCUAUCAGCCUGUACUGACGGAGCCAUUACCCGUCCCCAAGCUCAACCUCACAGGUCGAGCCCCUCCGAGGAAUACAAUGGUGGAUCUGAACAGCGGAAACAUCGACGUUCCUCCCAACAUGACCAGCUGGCCCAGUUUCCAUAACGGUGUAGCUGCUGGACUCAAAAUCGCCCCUGCUUCACAGGUGGAUUCAGCUUGGAUUGCCUACAACAAGCCAAAGAGCCCUGAGCUGGCCAAUGAAUAUGCAGGCUUCCUCAUGGCUCUGGGACUCAAUGGACACCUCACCAAACUGGCCACGCUGAACAUACACGACUACCUCACCAAGGGCCAUGAGAUGACCAGCAUCGGGCUCCUCUUGGGCGUCUCCUCCGCCAAACUGGGCUCCAUGAACAUGUCCGUCACCCGCCUGCUUGGUAUUCACAUUCCUGCCCUCCUGCCGCCCACCUCCACUGAGCUGGAUGUGCCGCACAAUGUCGAGGUCGCUGCUGUGAUCGGGAUCGGGCUGGUCUACCAAGGAACAGGCCACAGGCACAAUGCUGAAGUCCUGCUCUCUGAAAUAGGGCGGCCACCUGGUCCAGAGAUGGAGUAUUGUACAGACAGAGAGUCCUACUCACUUGCUGCUGGACUUGCCCUGGGAAUGGUCUGCCUCGGGCACGGCAGUAACUUGAUUGGGAUGACCGACCUGAACGUGCCGGAGCAGCUGUAUCAGUACAUGGUUGGAGGCCACCGCAGAGCUCAGGCUGGGGCCAACAGGGAGCGACACAAGUCCCCCAGCUACCAAAUCAAGGAAGGUGACACUAUAAAUGUCGACGUGACGUGUCCGGGCGCUACGCUGGCCCUCGCCAUGAUCUACCUCAAGACCAACAACAGGUCUAUCGCUGAUUGGCUGAAACCUCCAGAUACUUGGUUCCUCCUGGACUUCAUCAAGCCAGAGUUUCUGCUUCUGAGGACUCUCGCUCGGUGUAUUAUCAUGUGGGAUGAAAUCCUCCCAAACACCGAGUGGGUCAAGAGUAACAUACCCCAGAUCAUGAGGGGAACCUUUGACCCUUCAGAGGACAUUAACAUGGAGACAAUGACUCAAGCCCAGGACUACAUCACAGCCGGCGCCUGCAUGGCACUGGGAUUGCGUUUUGCUGGUUCUGCCAAUUCAGAUGCCUUCGACUGCCUCUACGAGUUUGCCAGAAACUUCAUGAAGAUCAUGUCGUUUGCCGGUACAUCUGCAGUGCAGACAGGUUUUUACAACCUGCAGACAGGCCUGUCAAUGAUUCUGCUGGCUAUGUCCAUGGUGAUGGCCGGCACGGGUAACCUGAAGGUCCUGCAGCUCUGCCGCUUCUUCCACAAGCGAACAGGCGGCGAGAUGAACUACGGCUUCCACAUGGCUCAUCACAUGGCGCUGGGCAUGCUCUUCCUGGGAGGGGGCAGGUACACCCUGAGCACGUCCAAUUCAGCCAUCGCCGCCCUGCUCUGCGCUCUGUACCCACACUUCCCCGCUCACAGCACCGACAACCGAUAUCACCUGCAGGCCCUGCGGCACCUGGUCGUGCUGGCCGCAGAGCCUCGGCUGCUGGUCCCCGUGGACGUGGACUCCCUGAAGCCUUGUUAUGCCCUCUUAGAGGUCACCUACAAGGAGACCAAGUGGUACGAGGAGACGACCGUGGAGCUGAUGGCUCCCACCAUGCUCCCCGAGCUGCAUCUUCUCAAACGGGUGAAGGUGAAAGGGCCCCGAUACUGGGAACUGUCUGUAGACCUCAGCAAAGAAACGCAGAAUCUGAAGUCCAUCCUGUGCAGAGACGGGGUGUUGUACGUGAAGCUCCGCGCCGGGCAGCUGCCCUACAAGGACGACCCGCAAGGCUGGAAGAGCCUGGUCGCCACCACCGUCAGCCAUCGCAACUCUGGCUUCAGAGCCUUCAAGCCUGAAGACAUCUCCACGUUCACAUCUGAGCCCGCUCUCAUCUCCUUUGCCGAGUUCUUCUGUAAAGCUACAGAGGAAAUGAAACAGAGAGAAGACACCCUGAUUUUGUUCUCGGCCAUGCUGUAUGAGUGUGUGACGCAGGAGUGUCCAGAGAUGUUGCCCACGUACAUCGCUAUCGAGCAGGCGGUGGGAGCUCUGCGUCGGGGUGACCUCCUGCAGACGUUCCCGCUGUGGCAGCUGCGUCUGGUGGUGGACAUGUGGGACGGCAGGAUGAUGCGAGGCGCCACCAACCACCACGACACUCUGCUCACCUCCAUGUUCCUGCCCGUCAUGAAGAACUCGGUGGACGUGAUCCUGGACGACUGGCUCCGAGACAACAGCUCGGUGGUGAGGUCCUACAUGAGGGGCGAGGCCCUGCCGCGGGACGCCCUGUCCGUCAAGCUGGCCUCCUUCCUGGUGUACCGCUCCAUCCCGUCGCUGAAGGACACACUCACGCAGACGGAGGGCUGCAUCUCUUUCGGAGGUCUGUUGUCGGCCAGCGGCCAGCUGGGAAUCCCUCUCCGAGACCUGCUGCGGCUCGCACCGGUCCUGCUGGGCUCUGCGUCCGGAUCGCUGCCGGGCCUCCCACCGCAAGCACUUUGAUGUGGACGCUGGGGACUGCGUCAGCAGGCUGCCGACCCUCUGGCAGCAAACAGGCGCUUUCUGCCUGGAGACUCACGCGUCAAGUGAAACAAACUGUCGAGGCACACCUGACGUUGUCUGAGAGGAAAAAUGCAGACGGACUUAUUCUGUUGUUGAAUGAAACUGAUUUUGCAUGAUAUUUGUAUUUAGUGCUUCUUUUCUGCGUCAUCAUGCAGCGCACGUGCCAGGUUUGAGGCACAUUCGGUGCAGAGUGAGGAUUUUAUUGGUCUGCUUCGAAGUACAGAGGCAGAAAACUUCCUGUUUUUGAAGAAAACAUAUUUUUUAACUAUAAAAUGGAAAAUACCUGCAGACCACAUCAAUCCUGGUUUUUCUUUUGUCUCAUUUCUAAAUAUUGACCCUCAGUCUUAAGAAUCCAAACGCCUUCUGCCGCAUUGUUUCCGCUUUUCAAAUUUUUUUGUUCCUGUUUUACUUUGUCAACCACAUGAAAGAGGAUUUUCCGUUUCCCGGGUGUGUGACCAGCUCAUUCAGCCCCACAGAGGAGCGCACAGCGUCACUAUUUGUGUUGUGUUUGUCCGUCGGUGCACUGUGGCGUCAGAGCUGCAUCGCUGUCGUCGAGAUCAAGGUCCUUUUGAUAUGAGGCGAACCAAACUGUUCGUUUGGAUCAUCAGGAGUUUCCUUCCACCUAAUAUUACAGCUGUAGUUUCACAGUAAAGCGAAAUCCUUUAACACACAAAACUGAAUUAAACUAAAUUGUGGGUGAAAUAUGGUUUUCACUUUUUCUUUGUUUUGUCUUUUAUAGCCUAAUAAACCUGAAACCGAAGCUGUGAUGAAACUAAACUUUAUAAGAGUUGAUCACGAAAUUAAAGAAAAAAGAUCAUAAAAUGA